AUGUGCCCCCUAACUUCCUUCCUUGACCUCUGGCAUCACUUUGGCAGUUUGGCUGAAUCAGGUUCUCACGGCUGGGUUCCAGAGGUCAUUACUAUUGAAGGGAGUGAGGACCGCCUGGCUCAGGCUCUUCUUGCCGGUACCCUUUUUGCCGUGAGCGACGGCUCUUACAAAGCUAAAGUGGGCACCGCAUGCGCUCAAAUUCUCAUUGAGGAUUGCAGGGAUAUCAUCUGGAUCACCUGCCAAACCCCUGGGAAAUUGGAGGAUCAGAGUUCAAGGCGCAGCAAAUUGAUUGGCCUUAUGGCUUCUCUCCUGGUGUUGGACUGGAUAUCUCAGGUCGCCCACCUGAAACUCUUUGCCAGCCCACCGUUGGUUGGGAUGGCCUGCGACGGGCUCAUAGCUCUUGAUAAGGCAAGUCCUUCUCCAACGUCCACCUGUCAUUGUCUGGUGCUCAGUUUGAUCUGGUCUCCACCAUCUGGGCCUUGCUUUGCCAUCUUCCCCUCCAAGUUCAUCGGCGCCAUGUUAAAGGCCACCUGGACAAGCACCGGUCUUUCUCCCAACUGGACUGGUGGGAGCAGCGCAAUGUGGAAGUGGACUUCAAAGCACAGUCCUAUCGAUGCUAGAGAUGGUGUUGAGUCUUCCAAAUUGGAUCAGGCUCACAUCAUGGAGCUGGUCUCUCUUCCUGCCCUUCGAGCACAUUGGUCCUCCAAGGACCGCCUCUCCAAGCAGUCCAUACAUAAGGUCGAUUGGUUGUCUCUUACACGUGCCAUGAAGGCCCUACCGGCAGAUCUCCACCGCUGGACACCCAAGCAUAUUUCUGAUAUGACGGGUGUGGGAAAAUUCUUGGCCAUUUGGAACCAAUCGGCAAAGAGCUCCUGCCCCAGAUGCUCCUCCUGCCCCAUGGAAGAUCACCUCCAUGUUCCACCCUGUUCUGCUCCUACUGCAGUUGCAGAAUGGUCAAAAUGCCAUCUGGCCCUCCUUACCUGGAUGCAGACUCAGCAGACUGCCCCAGAGAUCAAAGCCUUCACUCUCUAG